AUGGCGGUCGGACAACAGAAUUAUGCCGAGGUCCGACUCCGUGUUACGGCCGCGGCUGUGCCGAUUGGUGUGAGAAGGUUAUCUCAGACAACAGUCGCUCUCGCCCUUGCGCAUCACCUUGCAAAUCUCCACCCAUCGUCGCUUACCCCGGACAAUCAUCUAGUCUCUGCCCCGCCAACGGCCGUCAAACCGUUGGAGAUGGGGCUUUUGCUACUGACGCCAACCCGAGUGUGCUCGCGACCUGCAAUGUUCAGGGCGCGGGUGACAUCUACUAUUACUCUACUACGUUCUCUGGCGGGCCCGGGUGGCGGUUUUGACACCCCCAACGUGAAAUGCCCUCCUGACAGAGGGUCGUCGGACCGUGUGAGAGACGGUCCGGCGCCUUACAUUGCUGCGCCAGAGUCGUAUCCUGCCACCCGCUACGGCUCACCCGCGCCGGCCAGCAUUUACCCCCAUUCCAUCCCCGUUAAACUCAACGAUAAGAACACCACACCUCGUGUCGCUCCCAUCGGGAUCCCACGCAAUGUUCAGAAUACUAAGCAACAGCCCGUUCCGGACUCGUCGACCCCGCCGCCACUCACGCCCGACUCGUCCUACGACAGUCUCCACGAGCAAUUGCCGAACACACAGCAAAAGCACAACGAUGCGCUCGAGAUCCUCGCGACGCUCUUCCCGAACGACGCCGCUCGCGCGCUUCCAUACGCCAAGCGCGUGACCAUCUCGUCACCUGAGAUGCCCACGGCGCUCGAGGGUGUCGUACUGGCGCUCCCUGGUCAGCCGCGCACCCUCUACGUCGACGUCAAGGGCGCCGCACUCGUGAACCUGCGCGAAAAUAUCGUCGCCCUCCUCGAUCUUGCGGACGAGUGUUUCGAUUGCCAGGCACUCAUCAUCGCCCUCGAAAAGGCGUCGCCAGCGCUCAGCAGCGUUCUUCAUGCGCUCAUGUAUGCCGGUGGCGCAGUCGUCACCAAGCCAUUCUUCAAGGCCGACCCUGCACUUGUGCUUGUUGGUCUCGAGAUCUAG